CGGACUCCUCCCCCGUGGUUGAAAUGCUGUAUAAAUGCAGCAUCAGCCUGUCAACAACAGUGUCUGAAAGCUUAUUGGUACCCAAACAUGAAGGGAUUGAGCUUGGUUCUCCUUGUUCUUCUCCUGAUGCUCGCAGUCGGGGAGGGCAAUGAUCCAGAAAUGCAGUACUGGACUUGUGGGUAUAGAGGACUCUGCAGACGGUUCUGCUAUGCUCAGGAGUACAUUGUUGGUCAUCACGGUUGCCCCCGAAGAUACAGGUGCUGUGCUGUGCGGUCUUAGCACCUGCAUGCAGCAACAUGAGGACUGACAUCCCCAGAACAUGGGUAGCUGCACCCAGCUGGGAUCUGGUAACCAACAGCAUUCUUCUGGACAAACAACGUUUCGACCAAUCCCUCUCGGACCUCUAACCUGGAGUGGGAUCUGACAACCAGUACUUUUGAAGUGGACUUAGUUAGACCUAGCUCAUUUAUGUGUUCAGGUGCAAUCAUAGAGCUGCUGUUGUUGCUUGAAACUGUGUGAUGAUCCUGUAAUCUCACUUUCUUAAACAAUCCUGUGUGAACAGUCACAUCUACUCUCCAAGAUGCAGUGUUGGCAAUAAAUGCAUGAAAGAAAAAUCUCUUUGAAUUCAGUUUUUUUAUUUUAUUAUAAUGUCCCAAAUAUAAAACAAAAACACAUUGAUUUCACUUUACAUCAGAAAAGUACCUUAAAUAUAGUGCUAACACUAACUCUGCAGCCCAUUACCCUCUUGGACUAACUUUAGGGAUAUAACAGCAUGAAAAGCAGGCGGGUCGGGUCUGGCACAGCACUGUACUGACUGGACACAAUAAUGGUCAAGUGACUGACCCAAACAGCUGUGAUGGAACAGAGCUUUUGUGAA